GACGUCGACGUCGGUGUGCGGCCGUGGCGGAUUGUUGGUGGUCGUGGCAUCACGUGGUUAUCGAUAUAACUGUCGGACUGGCGGUCGAUGGAUCUUCAGUUGCGCUCCCGCAGUUGGGCGUGAAUGAGCCAGAAGUUUCGUGAAGGACAAACCGGUGACCCCGCUUGAGUGUUCGUAAUGUUCCAGCUGUGGGCGUUGGUCGCGGUGCUGUUCCUGCUGUACCGCUGGAGUGUGGCGACGUACGAUUACUUCGAGAAGCGAAAGAUACCCUUCGUUAAGCCGGUGCCUUUCUUCGGUCAGCUGCUCGCGUUCUUUGCGCGAACCAAACAUGCGGUCGACAUCGCGUCCGAGGGCUACGAGAUGUUCCCAAAUUCCCGUGUAUCGGGGCUAUUUUCGUUGCGGACCCCGCGGCUUCUUGUGCACGACCCGGUCCUGUUCAAGCAGAUGGCCAUCAAGGACUUUGACCAUUUCUCCGAUCACGUAUCCCAACUUUCCAUCGAGGACGAUCCGCUGCUGGCGCGAUCCCUGUUCUUCACCAAUGGCACCCGUUGGCGGCACCAUCGGUCCGGCCUGAGUCCUGCCUUUACCGGCAGCAAGAUGCGGAACAUGUUCGGGCUGCUGUCCAAAAGUGCCGGAAACUUCGUCCAACGGCUGUUGGUGUCGCAGCAGCGCAAACCGGACCCACUGGAGUUGCGCGAUCUGUACUCGCGGCUUGGGCACGAUGCGAUGACCUCGAUCUCGUUCGGUGUGGACGUUGACUCGCUCUCCGACCCGAACAAUGAGUUCUUCGCAAAAGGCGCCCGUUUGGCCAAGAUUGAUGGAGCGCCUGGAUUCAAGCUUGCCCUGUCCACAAUCCUGCCCAACGUGUACCGCUUUUUCCGGUGCGCGAUUUUGGAUAAGGAUGUGAACGCCUUCUACUUAAACGCCGUUUCGCAAAACAUUCGGUAUCGCGAAGAGAACCACAUUACCCGACCCGACUUUAUCCAUCUGCUGCUUCAGGCCCGCAAAGACGAGCUGAGAUCGGAGAAAGCCGAAGACGAAGCGUUGGAAAAUGCCGGACUUUCCACGGCCGAAACACACACGAUCGGGCAGCAGCAGGGCGAGGUGAAGCUUUCGUGGGACGACAUCGAUAUUACGGCCGCCGGUGUAUCCUUCUUUUUCGGAGGCAUCGAAACGACGACCACUCUGCUGUGUUUUGCGAGCUACGAACUGGCCGUCAAUCCACCGAUCCAGGCCCGGCUGAGAGCGGAAAUUGAUGAGGUGCGCGCCGAGUUACCGGACGGAAAAACGCCGACUUAUGAGGUGCUCCAGAAAAUGCAAUACAUGGAUCUGGUUGUGUCGGAAACUCUGCGCCGUUGGGUACCUUUCGGAACUACGGAUAGGAAGUGCACGAAGGAUUACACCUUCACGAACAGCGAUGGAACGGAGAUCACGAUCGAGAGGGGGAUGAACAUCUCGAUCCCCAUCAAGUCGUUUCACCUGGAUCCGAAAUUCUUCCCCGACCCGUUGCGCUUCGAUCCGGAACGCUUCACGGACCCGGCGCGCUUCAACAAGGAUGCGUACGUUCCUUUCGGGGCCGGUAUACGGAAUUGCAUUGGCUCCCGGUUGGCGCUGAUGCAAGCGAAAUGCAUCCUGUUUUAUGUGCUUUCCAACUUCACCAUCGAGCCGCACCACAAAAUGUCCAUCCCGGUCGUGAUCGACGUAACUUCGGCCGGCUUGAAUGCCAAGGGUGGCUUCUGGAUGAAAUUGGUACCGAAACAGGUAUAGACCGGAAUUUGAAUACCCGAAACGUGUCCGAACUUGUACGGCAGGGAGAGCAAUUGAUGGAUUGACGGCUACAGAGGAAGACAUUGAGCAAACGAAGAAGCUUCCCAUCUCUGCAGGCGAUAAGAUAGCAUUACAAUACCAAGGGUCAGCCGAUAACGAGUGCCUGUCUGUUCGAAUCGAAGUUACGGUGGGCUUCGCUAGUAUUGCAUUCUUUUAGCAGUAGAAUUGAUGAAGUAACGAAUAAAGUAAGUUGC